AGGCAGUAUGCGCAUGCAGAAGUUGCGACCGGGUCGGAUCCGAAGCAAAGAAGGUCGAAGCUCUUUUGAGUAAGCCUCCAAUUCGUUCCUUACUCGAACGCGAACGCGAACAGGCUUUACCUCAAGCAGAACUUGUCUGGAUAGCCUCAAUCUUCAACAACCUGCCAAUUAAGUUUUUGGGUUAAAGAAAGAACUCGGGAAAUUUGAUAUGGCAACUAAACGCGUUCGCUACACCCCUCUUGCCACGGAUGAGGAUGACUAUGUUGGUGAUAGGAAUAGACCAUUUGAUGCUCGAUUUGAUUAUAUGCCGAAAUCUUUGGAUAAAGUUCCCUGGAAAUCCAUUGUUCUUGCACUUUUCCUGUUAUUCCUUGGUACAGGACUUCUGUUUCUUUCAUACUUUAUCUUCACUGGUCAUAUGGGUGGAGAACGGUCUCAAGCUUAUGGCCUUUUAGCCCUUGGGUUUCUUAGCUUUCUCCCAGGCUUUUAUGAGACUCGACUUGCGUAUUAUGCAUGGCGGGGUGCCAAAGGAUACCGCUUUUCUGCCAUUCCUGAUUAUUAGAGCAUUAGAGCUGUUCCUUGAAAACUCGAUCAAAUUUGGUUGGUACUUAUAUGCUUCAAUGGCAUAGAUUGAAUAAAUUAUAGAAAAGUGUAAUCAUAUUUGUUAUAUAUGUAGUUAAUGCAGUGACAAAAUUUGGAAAAUUUAUGCUUUAAAGUUUUGUGAGAUUAGAAAAUUACCUUAAAAGUAUAGCAUGAAAUUCUUCCAUUAGGCAAUAUUGCCUUUGUGCCUCUCUUGUCCCCUUAAACUGAC